CCCACUCCCUCCCUCCCUCCCUCCCUCUUCUAAUUUCUACUCGAAAUUUCAGCCGGAUGCCGGACAGCAAAGCAACCAGCCUCCAUCCAUUUCCAUUUCGCGCAGCAAUUCAAAAGAAAACAUAACCCCAAAACCCAAAAAAAAAAAGAAGAGUUGCCGCUUCCAAAUGGCUUCGAGGCUCGGCUCUCUCCCUCCCCAACUCACCUCCCCUCGCCUCCUCCUCCUCCACCGCCGCCGUCCCAACCUCCCCUCCUUCUCCUGGAGGCGCACGUUAGCACCAGCCCACGCCGACCGCCUCCCCACAUCCUCCUCUCCAGGCAAUCACUAUAUGCCAUUACAGGUUUCAUGUAAUGCACAAACAGUAGUUGCAACAAGCAUGUCACAAGGCACUCCUGUUAGGCCAACAAGUGUACUUGUCGUUGGUGCUACUGGAACUCUGGGUAGGCAGGUUGUUAGGAGGGCACUAGAUGAAGGCUAUGAUGUUCGAUGUCUAGUGAGGCCUCGGCCAGCUCCUGCUGACUUCCUUCGGGACUGGGGUGCUACAGUUGUCAAUGGCGAUCUCAGCAAACCAGAGACCAUACCUGCAACUCUUGUUGGUGUUCAUACAGUAAUUGAUUGUGCAACAGGACGGCCAGAAGAGCCUAUCCGCACGGUACUUUGUCUGUUAGAUUGGGAAGGAAAAGUCGCUCUCAUACAGUGCGCAAAAGCCAUGGGCAUCCAGAAGUAUCUAUUCUAUUCGAUCCACAAUUGUGAUCAGCAUCCUGAAGUUCCUUUGAUGGAAAUCAAGCGCUGCACUGAGAAAUUUCUUCAAGACUCUGGUCUUAACCACAUCAUUAUUCGACUAUGUGGUUUCAUGCAGGGCUUGAUCGGGCAAUAUGCUGUGCCGAUACUGGAAGAGAAGUCUGUGUGGGGAACUGAUGCCCCAACUCGAAUAGCUUACAUGGAUACCCAGGAUAUAGCUCGACUGACAUUUAUAGCUAUGCGUAAUGAGAAAAUUGACAAGAAGCUUCUAACGUUUGCUGGACCUCGUGCAUGGACAACUCAGGAGGUGAUUACUUUGUGUGAAAGACUAGCAGGGCAAGAUGCAAAUGUAACCACUGUCCCUGUUUCAAUCUUGAAAUUUACUCGCCAGCUAACUCGGUUUUUUCAGUGGACAAAUGAUGUUGCUGAUCGUUUAGCAUUUUCAGAGGUCCUCUCAAGCGACACUGUUUUCUCAACUCCCAUGACAGAAACAUAUACUCUGCUUGGGGUGGAUCAGAAAGACAUUGUGACCUUAGAAAAGUAUUUGCAGGACUACUACACCAAUAUCUUGAAGAAACUGAAAGAUAUAAAAGCACAAUCAAAGCAAACAGAUAUUUUUCUAUGAGAGAUUCAAGUUCACACUACAACAAUGGGGUCAAAGAGCAAGCAUCUCAAAGUUGCA